CACGUAUUUCAAGCGCUGAACGCGACGGUUCUCACAGCGGGUUUCACCAAAAGAAACGGAUCUAUCUCUGCCCUGCAAAUAAAUUCAGUUCAGUCGCGAGUUUUGCACCAAAUUAAUGCAAAUAGAAACGCCAAACAAUAACAAAAAAUUAUAAUACAAAUAAUCAUAUAGUAUAUAAGCCGUGAUACAAAACAAAUCAGCCGCUGUCCAGGCGAAACCUGUUCUCGAGCACUACAGAGUAAUCAAGCAAACAAAGAGGCUGCACAGAAAUGGGCACAAAGAUCGAGUACGUGGACACCACACAUCUGUACGCCUCCAAGUACAUACGCAACUCGAAGGCGAUCGGAGUGCUGUGGGCCAUCUUCACCAUCUGCUAUGCGAUCAUUGGCAUUGUGGCAUUUGUGACGCCAGAAUGGAUUGGGGAUCCGGACAAUGAUGGGGCUGGCCGGCUGGGUCUGUGGCAGCAGUGUCAGCGCGAUGAGAUCUUUGACAAUUGUCGCCGCCGCUGGGAGAACGUAUUGGCGGUGCCAACCUUCUCGUUUCAGUUGGCAACAUUCUUCAUGAUGGGCGCCAUUGGGCUGGCCUUGAUGACCAUCUUUUUGUUGGUCUGUUUGCUGUUUAUGAAGUCAACGCGUGUUUUUUAUAUUUGCGGAUGGAUGCAAAUAAUAUCAGCUCUGUGCAUGAUUGUGGCCUGCGCUGCUUUUCCCUUUGGCUGGAAUUCGGAUGAUUUCCGCAAGAUCUGCGGCCCGGAAGCGAAUCGAUUCGAGCUGGGCCUCUGCGGCAUUCGCUGGGCUUAUCCCCUUGCCAUUAUCGGCUGCGUGGACGGUGUCGUGUUGGCCACCCUAGCAUUCAUCUUGGCCACGCGGCACGUGCGUCUGCAGCCGGAUCCGCUCUAUCAGACUUCGCUGUACAAAGGUGAAAUCAACAAUGCCUAUCUCACGGAUGCCAUAAGUUUGGCAGGCUCACGGAAAUCCAAUCCCCACAUUACGGGUCUGAAUCUGCAGCCCAUUUUGUUGGUGGCACCGCCAAAUGAGGACAGCAUAUCGCAGUUUUCCCGCUAUCACUGAGAACGCGUCCGACGAGUCAGCCGACAGCAACCCUGCCAAGCUUAGCACGGACAACAACCUCGAAAUUGGUUGCAAGCUUAGCUAAGCACGGUUAGCGGUUAACUGUUAACGGUUAACAGCUUUUAGCCGUUUCGUUUUGAAUUUGAAUUGUGCCUUGUGCUUGCCUCUCUCUCUCUCUCUCUUUCUCUCUCCCUAUGUCUCUCGUGUGUGAAUGUGUUUGAAUGAAUAGAGUGUGUGUAAUUGUGUGCGAGUGAGUGCCUCUGCCCGACUGAAUGCCAAUCUUUAGUUGUAAGCUCCGACUAAUUUAACAGUUUGUAUAGCUUGUGCCUAAAAUGUAAACAUUGACUAAGGAAACGCAGAAAUGCGAAUUAUCUGCCUGUAAAUUAUAUACCCAUAAACAAUAAAAGAUGUACAAAUAUUAAACA